AACUCCAUCAGUCAGUUAGUUAGUCAGUCACUCACUUACGUACUCAGUCAGUAAAGGAUCUUGGUUGAGAGUCCACGAACUGAGGCCAGAUAGAAAGAGAGUGAAAGAGUUCAAGAAAUCCGCUGAAAAAAAGAGAACGCAUCAUCAUCAUCAUGGGCCUAGGAUCGAGGCCGAAUAUCCCCGAGUGAACGAACACCCAACCAUAGAAUCACCACUUAAACCACUCUCUCACGGACGAUAGUGAUCAAAUCCUGUCAUCCGUUCGCCCUCCCCGUUGAGUCUGCUCGAGGGCGACGAUCGGAGCUCGCUAUGACCUCGUCGGCGUCCUCGUCGGUGUCGAGGUCGAGAAGUAAAUCAACCUCUAAGCGCUCGUCGACCAACAACAAAAAGAAGAGUCGGGAGACGCAGCCCGAUGACAAGCCGUUAAAGGACGGCCAAACCGCCAAACGCACCAAGUCAGCCGCUAAAGCCGUGAAAAAGAAGAAAAGUAGUAGUGGCGGCGGUGGGAGUGGGGUCAAGAAAGGCGUCGCCAAAGUGACCAUCUCGCCCAAAACGACCAAUAAAAAAGUGGAUAAGAGUCCGGCCAAGAAAACAGACACGCCCACUGGGGGCAAAACCAAAAGUAAGGAUAAGAGCGGCAAGAAACAUCAUCAUCAUCAUCAUCGACGAAAGUCGGAAGACAAGAAAGCCAAGAGCAAGAGUGGGCGGGCCAAGAAGAACGAUGAAAACACGCCUCCUUGGCCCCUGACCACACCCGGACGACAGUCCUCUUCGUCGGCUCAUGAUUCCGAUGAUGGAUCAGUUUUGGGUGAGGAGGACGACGACGAGGAUCGGAACGGUGUCGUCGCCUUGGUCGAGGGUGACAAGACCAAUUCCGAAGAUCUUCAAUCUUGGAGUGAAGUCCCGAGUAUCGCUCAUUUCUGCUCCUUAUUCAGGCAAGCUUUCGACCUGUUGGAGUUUGACAUUCAAGAGUUGGAGGAAUCAUUUCUACUCAUGGGUACCGAAGAUGACACGCAUCAGUUGGUGAUCAGUUUGGUCAUCAAGCUAUUGAAGGGCUGCUCCCGCACUUUUACCACCAACAUCAAUGAAGACAAUCUCAAUACCUACUUGCGAAGACUCUUCCUGUCAAAAAGUGAAGAAGCCGAGGAGGACAAUCUGGCGUUCACCUUCAAAUGCCGUCAAUUGUUGGAGGACAAUGUAGAUUACGCCGAUUUGUCGUUGCGGAACCGCGUAAACAUUCUCCAUCAGCUUUGCGAAUUCCGGUUGGAAGCCGAGGAUGUCUUUGAGAAGGUGAAGAACUUAGAUGCCGCUAGUCUUCGGGUGGAGCCCUUGGGCCAGGACUCGGAAGGUGUUACCUACUGGUAUUUUUAUGGUACCAGGCUUUACAAAGAAGUACCUGUUGAAAGAGAAGACAAAUCUAAACGCAAAAAGGACAAAGAUCGGAAGAAGAGGAAAAAAGAUAAGAAAGAUAAGAAGAAGAAAAAGAAGAGGAACCACCGCGACUCUCUAUCCUCUGAUGAAGAAGAUGCCAUAUCCGAACCCUCCUUUGAUUGGUCCGUGGCUUGCCUUACCCUUCAAGAUUGGGAGGAUCUCACUGCCAAGUACAAACAGUCGAAGAAAAAAGCCGACAAGGAACUGCAUGAAACCUUGGCGGAGAGCUUCCUCCCCGAGAUUGUCACUAUGUUUGCUGAAAAAGAGAAAGAAGAACGAAGAAAGCUGAUGAUGAUGCAACCCAAGAGGGCUUCCAAUCGUAUCGAGAGGAAACGCAGAGAGCAAGAAGAUCGCGAUCGUGCGAUUGCUUUAAAGCUGGAGGAAGAGCGUCAGCUUGAAGAGGAAUACGAUGAAAAGUUGAGAAUUGAAAACGAAAAGCGCCUCGAGGAAGAAAGAGAGCGAGCUCGAGAGGAACGCCUCCGACAACGUGAAGUUAUGAAAGAAAUGCGGGCCCAACGAGCGGCGGAACGCGAAGUCACCACUACGUUCAAAGAUGAUGUGGAUGAGCAGAGGAAGUUGGCCAUGCGAGAGAGUUCAAAAAGAGAUAUCAUCAAACACUCGAUGGCAGAUCCGCCUUCCGAUUUGAGCUCGGAUGAAGACGAGAUCGACGAGUACAUCCCUGAUCGGAAAGAUCUAAAAAAGGUCGAAAGCGACGAAGAGUUCGAAAAAGCCGAGGAAGGCCUCGAAGAAGAUCUCAAACCAUUGGCCCAAAAGAAAAAAGAGAAAGGGAACAAUUUCGCCAAUGCUUUGCUCAAAGUUGGGACGAAAUCAACCAAAGAUGUGUCUUUGGACAAACCCAUUCGCAAAUCUCCUGGUCGACUCUUAGAGACGGCUGGCCGCAGCCUUCUUCAAAAGACUUCCUCGAGUAGUGGCGGCGGCGGCGGCGGCUCAUCUCUGUUCAAAUUGGGCGGUGCAUCGUUGCUCUCCAAAGGAGAAAACACCAACAAGUUGUCGUUUGGUCUUUAUGGAGGUCACUUGCCCGUGGACCAUGGUGGGUUUGCCAAGAGUAAAGGCGGUAUAAACAGUGACGGCGAUUCCCAAGCCUCGACCGAACCCGACGAUACGGAAAAGCCCUCAAAAAGUAAAGUGUUCACCAAUUGGGGAGGAGAGUUCUUCAAGAAGAAUCUGGACUAUCGUGCCAAUACAAAUAAGAUACUCGAGAAAAUGAAUCUCAUUCGGGACGCGGGAGGGAGUGUUAGUGGCGCAGUGGGCGGGACCACAACCAGUGGAAAUAACAGUGGCAGCUCAGGCCUGAAGGACCUGUCCCAGAAUGGUGGUACCAGUUCCAUGAAUUCCACCCCAUUGGGGUUGACAUCGUCCUCCAUCAGUUCCUUCAUUCCGGGUGAACGCUUUAAAGCCCUUCUAGCUGGAGGCAACAGUACAUCCUCUCUAAAGAGACCCAUUGACAAAGAUUCGUCCGGAACCUCGCCUAAGAAGCUAAAGCCCAAUUCGUUUCUCGGCACCUCGUCGUUCACGUGAUCCCCAUCACCACAGGAAAUACGGAGUACGUUCGAAAACCGACGAACAUCGAGUGUUUGGAUGGGUGGAUGCAUGGAUGGAUGUCGGCGCGUCGUUUGUGAUAUUUGUAUUUCUCAUCCCCAGAGGAGGAACAUCACGACCCCACAUCCCAUGCUUGCUGUGAAUUUCGAAAUCGGAAACCAUCGAUUGUUAAUUAAUUACUAUUUGACAUGUGGCCCAUUGCUCGAAAUUUCGACCAAGGUGUCAUCCACCCCUCAUCUCUUGUUCGGGGAUCCUCGUUCUCACGUUCAUACCGCAUCAUCUGAAAUCCGGAGUAUCUUCAAGAACCUUGAACUAUCAACCACUCAAUUUCCAUUGUAUUGAAUAUGUACAAUUCGUCACGCAGAAAGUAUAUAGUAAAUGGAUAUUAUCAUAA